AUGCCGCGAAAGGGCGGAAAAAGAAAGCCACCGUUGAAGAAGCCAACGCUCGGGCCUGCUUUGGAUUCGUAUUUCAAUGACGAUGAACCAAAGCCUCGAGGAAGGAAACGAAAGCCGACUGAGCCGGUCGUUGACCUGAAAGGAGAAGCGAUUCGAUAUGAGACUGACGAGGAAUGCAAAGAAAGGUAUUACUCAGUGAUCGAACAAACGUUGCAUGUGAUGGGCGACGAACCUCGACCGCAUCCCGAAAGUGUUGAUCUUGCGUUUGGAGUGGCAAGUUCAUCGAUCAGCUACUUGCUUCAAGAUGUCACACCUAGAGCAGAAAACGCACUGCAACAAAUCCUUCAGCGCAUGAAGGCACGCCCCGACUUAAUUGGACGCUUGUUAAGAUAUACAGAGGUAGUGGGAAAUCUUCGCUCCUUGAAAGCUAACAACUCGCAAGCUUUCAAUGCAAACAACGAAUUUGACGAUGAUAGUGAAGCUUUUCAAGGCAGCACGAGCACAAAUUAUCUGCAAGAGCUUGCAUCGGCGAUCGAUGCGCUAAAAUGGGAAAAUUUUGACGCUCAACAAUUAAUGAUGAUGGAGGAUCCAGUUAGUGCGCAAAGGCUCGAGAAACUUGCAGCGAGAGUAAAAGAUAUGGAGAUGGAUGAGUACGAGGCAUUAACGAGCGCCCGUCAGGCCACCUUUUGGACACUAGGCUUUGAUUUAAACAUCAAGAAAAGUACCAUCGAGAGGAAAUCGUUUCUGAAUUGGAUUGGCUGGGAGGAAGCACCGCAAAUUAUCGUCUUUGUGUUGAACUUUGUCGCGAAAGAAACCGUUAAACAGUUAGCCGAUUUUGCGUCUCGUGUGAUCGAGAUGCAAAGGGACAAAGGAGAGCCGGUGAUUCCAUUUGACCCAUCGAUUUAUCGCAUGGCUUUCUUCCGGAGUGCGCGAGCAAGGAAUGGCGACUUCAUGUUUGGCGCAUUGCCCAACGUCGAU